AUGUCUGCCUCCCGGGCGUCUUCAGUACGCAGGGUGCGCUCAGAGAACGACGUGUCGAGCGCGGACGCGUCACCGGUUAGCUUCCUUCCUGCCGGCACAGCUAUAGCAUUGCACAUAACGCCGCCGACGCCGCCUGCCUCGCCGCCUGCACCGCGCCGCGCCUCGAACGAGGAUAUUUCGGCCCUUUCAAUACCUCAGCAAGCCCUCACGCGGCCUGAGAGGGUGCACGAUUCCCCUCCCUCCUCGCCGCCAGCUGUGGCGCAGGGGAACGCAGGACCGGCAGCAAGGCCGCCCCGCCCAUCGAUCGCCACCUUCCGCCAUGAUCGCUCGCUAUACACACGCGCGCGUGAGUUCUUUGGCUAUGGCAGGGACGGCUCGCGCGAGCGACGCGCACUUGUCGGGCUCUACUGGCGCCUGAUCUGGGGUCUCAUACAGAUCACGGUUGUUAUCAUCUUGCUGGCUAUCGCGGGGCACACGAAGAGUCCGAGCCCGUACAAGGACUCGAAUGAGUGGGUGGCUUGCGAUCGGCCGUUGGGAGCGUGGGCGGUGGUGUGGGCGGCGCGCGUCGUGUUCGCGUGUGGGAUGCACUACUGGGGAUGGACGCGGGAUAAAGCACAGCAUCUUCGCGCCGAUCAAGAAAGUCGACCUGACAUGUCCCUCGCAACCUUCCAGCCGCCACUGGCCCAUGAGCCGCGGUCCGCGCGCUUCCGGGCCCCUCCCCAGGCUUCCGCUUCUCAAUCCUCCGCUUCUGCCGAGGCCCCGCCUCUGCCGAAUACUCGGCUUUACGCUCGGAUGAACACCCUCGUCUCCCUCCUCACCCUGAGCUGGUUCCUCACCGCGCAUAUCCUCGAAUACACCUCCGUCGACACCUGCCGACAUGAUGCGCCACACAUCUGGUGGCUCAUCUUCGGCAUCCUCUGCAUCAUGUACCUCAUGGUUUUGGAGGUGCUUGCACUUGGCAUUGAUCGGAUGCUAACUAUCGACUAUAGCAUGGUCGUAUUCAUAAUUGCGCCCGUCCUCUUCCUCUUUUGGAACAUCUUCCUCAUCUGCCUCGGUCGACACCCAAUGCAAGCCGGCGCGCCCCUCCGUCCGGCCAUUGGAAAGUUGCCAAAGGAUGCGGUCGACUGCAUACCGCUGGUCAUGUACAUCCCGCCGCCGCCCGAAGAAAAGGCGCAGAAAGAGGAGUCCAAGGCAGAGGACGAUGCGCAAGGGAAGAAUGCGCAGUUGAAGGAAGAGACCGAAGGGCAGGCGUCGAGUCAAGCACCGGAGGUUCAGUACGAGUACCCGCCAAAGCCGAAGGAACCCAAGCAGCCCAAACGACACAAGUGGUUCAAGUUCCUGCGGCGAAAGCGCAAUUCGGAAGGGAAGGAUGGUGAAGAUGGUGACAUGGAUGAGAAGGUCGGCGAUGGGGAGAAGGGCGAAAGUGGGAGUGGAGCCUCGAAGCCACUGAAGUGGGAAGACCACUGGGACCUGGAGGGCUUCCCGAGCGUCGUGCUGGAGGGAAAUCGGGCGGCGUGUGCGAUCUGUUUGAUGGACUUUGAGGAGCCGAAGUGGGUGGGUGGGGUACCGCAGGUGUCAGCUGAGGCACCGCCGGCAGCGACGACGAGCAGUGCGCCGACAGCGGCCGAUGGGCCGGCAGAGGCGGAAGAUGCGCUGGAGCGACUACGACUCGAGGAUGCGGGCGAGGGCGCGCAGCCGCUGAGGUUGCUUGCUUGUGGGCACGUGUUCCAUCAAACAUGCCUCGACCCAUGGCUCAUCGACGUCUCCGGUCGCUGUCCGGUCUGCCAGCGUCCUGUUGAGAUACCAGAACCACCGCCAAAGAAGGAAAGGAGGCGAGGGAGGCGAUAG